AUGUUUACUCGCACCGCCGUCCGUGUUGUUGCUCGCGCAGCUCCCAGAGGUUCUCGCGCAGCCUCUGUCGAUGCAGGUGCCAGUGAUUUUUUUGCAAAGCGUGAAGCAAUCAGGGCCCAUGCUGCAGAAACUACUCAGCUUUGGCGCAGAAUAAGCUUCUUUGUUUGCGUCCCAGCCACCAUCGUCUGCGCCCUUUGGGUGCGUAACGUGGAGGCUGAACAUGCCGAGCACAUAGAACACAUAAAGGCAGAACAUGACGGUCACCUCCCCGAAAUCCCCAAGUACGAAUACAUGAACCGUCGUCUCAAGCCUUACCCUUGGGGUAUGAACUCGCUGUUCUUUAACCCACAUGCCAACAAAGACCUGUCGGAGGAGUGAUUUUGUUUCGUCCUCGGUAGACUAUGAUGCAAUUUCAUCUCGUUCAACAAUUUCAGAGACCUUGCUGUCUCCACUAUUUUGGUCGGUGUGACAGUCGUAACUUCCUGGCGUUAUAUCUGCCUCCAUGGCUUCGACUGAUUACUGACAUCGACAUCACUGCCAUAAUACAAAAGUGUGAUUGAAAAUUUAAAGGCAGGGAAUGCACGCUGUGCACCAGCAACUCUAAUUGCCCUUCAAUUGGAGGGCUUAUAUGGGUAUUCCAGGUGUCUAGACGUCAGUGCAGGGGUCUUGCUCCGCACAUG